AUGGUGGAGACUGAAGACCUGGUGCAGCUGCGGAGCCUCAACUUGGAGCUCCUGAGACAGCUGUGGGCGGGGCAGGAUGCUGUGCGGCAGUCAGUGGCCCAGGCUGUCUCCAAGUUAAACCUGGACUCCAGCAGCAACCACGAUGCCGAGACACCAUCAUUCCAGGAGAUGACUGCAACAACUUCGGGAGCCUCUUCUCCUCUGGAUGCCCCCCAAGAUGACACUUCUGGUCUGACUUGGCCUGGCAGAGCCAGCUCCCAGACAGUUUCUGUCCUACCCCCCAAAUGCCAACCCCAGAAGUCUUCGAGCCAACCGAGACCCCACUCGUCAACCUUGUUGGACACAUCAGACUCAAGUAAUCCAGAGCUUUCCACAGAGUUGGGUGGUCUGGGGUCCCAGGAUGCCCUGCAGACUCCCAGACAGACUCUUGCCUCUCUUUGUCUCACUCCUCAGCCCAGAGUGACGUUCCGUAAGGAGUCUUUAGUACCUGAGCAGGGCUGGCGCCUCAGACCGUACCUGGGCUAUGACUGGAUUGCAGGCUCUCUGGACAGCACCUCCCCCAUCACCAGCAAGUCCGAAGGCUUUUUCUUGACACUGCAGGAGUUCCGGAAGGCCCACGAGAAGGAGUGCAUUUCCAGGGACUCUGAGUCCAGGUUUCUCAGCUUUUGUGAGAGCAGCAACGUGGAUGAGGACCACGAAUGUGUGUACUGUUACCGGGUCAACCAGCGCCUGUUUCUGGUACCUGCGGAUCCUGGCAUCACUUGCCGCCUGUGCAAGACACCCCGUGACCAGCGGGGCCUGGAGACCCUGGCAGAGCCAGCGCAGGUUAGAGUCAGCAUCCCGUUGUCGGUCCUCGAGCCCCCACAUCGUUACCGCAUCCACCGGCGCAAGAGCUUUGAUGCCUCUGACACGCUGGCCCUGCCCCGGCACUGCCUGGUGGGCUGGGACAUCAUCCCUCCCAAGCCAGAGAAAAGCUCAGCAUCCAGGAACCUGGAUCUUUGGUCUUCUGUGUCCUCGAAGCCCCAGCACCGCUCACUGUCUUCCCCCAACUCUUCUCACCUGGCACUACCAACACAGUUUUCACCUCCUACCCCGAUCUGGUUGGAACCUCAAGUCGUCCAGCCCCAUGCCUGCAGCAGAAGCCCUGAGGUCUGA